AUGGUGUCGCACUUUUCUCGAGAAGACUUGAGCGAGGUAUUUGAAAAUGAAGAAUCUCGAAAAAGAGAGUUGAAUUGGUUCAACGGCCAGGUGAUUUUUCUCACUGGAGGCACAGGGGGGCUUGGAGGGUGCCUAGUCUACAAACUAGCUCUCCAGCUCCCAGUGCACAAGAUAUUUGUUUUGUGUCGUGUCUCCAAGAACCGGGCUAUCGCACGUUGGAAGGAAAACAUGCCAACCCAUGUUUCCUCUAUCCUAGCCUCAAGAAAAGUCGUGUUCAUCGUGGGAGAUAUGACACAUCCGAACUAUGGCAUCGAAACGACAAUUAUCAUCAACUGCGCAGCCAAUACAUCGCUCACCCUCGGCCUCUAUGAAGCAGUAAUCGAGAAUUGUCUUCCAACUUUGGAAUUGACAAAGUUGGCGUUAAAAUGCCUGAGGCUUUCCAAAUUUGUGCAUGUAUCUAAUGCAUACGCUAACAGCUUUCUACCCAACGGUGUUGUGCUAGAGCAUUGUUAUGAUCACCCUGGAAGCGAUCAAUGUCCUGAGAAAGAGCUAUCCCAGAUCCUUUCGGAUGGAAGCACUUCUCAAACCGCUGCUUUCGCAUGGCCCUGUGCCCAAGCCAAGCACCUGGCGGAGCGACUCAUCAACAUUCGACACCCAGAUUUGCCUGUUAUGAUUCUCCGUCCCAGCUUUCUCGGACCCGCUAUUCAACACCCAUAUCCAUUAUACGAUGUCAAUGGUACAAGCCCAUUGAGUGUGCUGGGAGAGAUAUAUCUGCUCGAUGAUGGGGGAAACCGUGUUUGGCACACUUCUCCGGGUCAGCUCCAGAGAGCUGACAUUUCAGCCAGGGUUUCAUUCUCUGGAAACCCUGGCCAAAAAUGGCACGCUGAAUAA